AGCUCACUGUGAAAAAAAAAAAUCGAAACAAAUGAAGAAAACACCUUCGCCGGAACCAGUCACCAUCUACGGCAAUCAGCAAGAAACCUUCGUCGGAGAUAUGGAGUACUACACUUACUUCGACGAAUCUUGUAUCCAAGACAUGAACUAUUUCGUCAAAACAAUCACCGGAAUCAAAUCCAAAGGAAUCAGACCAGACCUUAUCGGUUCCAUCAUCGCUCAUUACGCUUCAAAAUGGCUCCCUGAUCUCUCCGGCAAUGUCUCCGCCAUCAUUUCCACCUCCGUAGAAUCCAAGAACCACCACAAUGAGACACAACCAGAGAGCGUCACGGCGUCUGUAAUGAAGAAACGAUUUUUCGUCGAAACACUAAUCGGAAUCCUCCCGCCGGAGAAAGACUCUGUUCCUUGCAAUUUCCUCCUCCGUCUCCUCAGGACAGCGAAAAUGGUCGGAGCUAAUCCGAACUACUUAACGGAGCUUGAAACCAGAGUCUCGUGGCAGCUUGACCAAGCCUCUCUCAAGGAGCUUAUGAUACCUUCCUUCAGCUACACGUCUGGUACUUUGCUUGACGUUGAGCUUGUGACGCGUCUCGUGAACAAGUUUUCUGGAUUGGAUAGUGAAGGUGUUAAAACCAGUGCGGCUCUUGUUAAAGUGGCCAAGCUUGUUGACUCUUAUCUCGCUGAAGCCGCCGUUGACGGUGGUUUGGCUUUACCGGAGUUUAUAUCCUUAAUCACAGCUCUUCCUAGCCAUGCUCGUACUACAGAGGACGGCUUGUACCGCGCCAUUGAUACAUAUCUCAAGGCACAUCCUCAGGUGUUGAAGCAAGAAAGGAAGGAACUUUGCAGGCUUAUUGAUAGCAGAAAGCUAUCACCAGAAGCAGCUCUUCACGCGGCUCAGAAUGAUCGUUUACCGGUGAGAGCAAUCAUUAGAGUUUUGUUCACUGAGCAGACAAAGCUAAGUCGUCACAUGGACUGGAAUGGUAGCUCUAUAAGCAGCACGACGAAGAGUCCAACAAACUCUUCUGGUUCACAUUACUUGGAGGGAGGUUCUGCAGCGCGGUGCUUGUCUAAACGUGAGAUGAAUGUUCAGCAAGCAGAGAUAAGAAGGCUUAGAGAAGAUGUGGUGAGGCUGCAGAGCCAGUGCAGUGCUAUGCAUUUGCAGGUGGAGAGGCUUAUGGAGAAGAAGAGUAGUGGUGGAAGUAAAGGGUUUUUCCGGUGGAAGAGGCUCGGGUUAGUACCGUCAAUUAGAGGAAGUGUUAGCGUUGAAAAAGGUGAGGAAGAAUCUGGUGACAAUGGUGAAGGAUUUGAGCCUAGGACUCCUGGGAAUAUGAAGACAAGGCUUGUCAAAGGAAGAACAACACCUUCAAGGUGGAGAAAAUCUAUGUCUUAAUCUUGAAUUAAUGAAAACAACACAA